AUGCCUAGGAGGACGCUGCGUAUUCUCUGCUUCGGCAACUCGCUAACGUCUGGGUUCCCGGUGGGCAAGCCGUACGCAGAGAAACUUACUGAGAAGCUGGAGGAAGCGCUGCUAGGUCACGGCUAUGGCGAGAUUCAGUAUGAGGUCGAAGGCGUACCGGGCGACUUGGUAACGCGAGGUUCGUUUCUCGAUCGAAUGCGGGAUUCAUGGAAAAAGAGAUCGGAAUUUUAUGACUGGACUAUUGUAUUAGGUGGAACGAAUGACCUUGGUUGGGGAUGUGCGGUUGAUGAUAUCGUCGCUGGCUUGAAACGGACCUGGGAUAUACCACUCCUGAAGGGUAGCAAGGUGCUAGCCUUGACGAUACCAGACACCAGAGCCCGAUAUAAGGAUGUUAAGGAACGACGAGAUGAAGUAAACAACGCCAUUAAGGAAUACAGGAAGCCAAACUUUUUCUAUUUUGACUUACACAACGCCAUACCCUACCACAACAUGGAACCCUCAGAUAGACCUAAGUACUGGCAAAUGGACGGCGUGCACCUAACAGAAGACGGCUACAACCUAAUGGGGGAGAAAAUCGCCACAGAACUUAUCAAGCUCAUAAGACUUGCGGAAGCUCAAGACACGGAUAUUAGCAGCAUCGCAAAGGAUGCGCGGCAGAGGCAAGCCAUCGAGGACAUGAUAUAUGAGGAAGAGAGAGGGAACCCGAGACUACUUAGCCAAGGCUACAUCGUUGUGCGGAAGACAGAUCUAGAUUAG